ACUAUUAAAAAUACUGAAUUUUGUUCUGACAUUAUGUUUAAAUGAAAAAAGUUUGUCCUCCUCCUUUGUUUGGGGGAGGAGUCAGUGGGCGGAGCCGCCUCGUGACGCGCCUCUGUUGACAGUUGUAAGCCUCGCGCCCCUCCCGCGCGCUCACACCGCCAGUGCUGCUUCUGUCAUCCACAGACCGCUGCGGAGCGGAGCCGAGUCAGCCCCGCACGCUCAACGCACGUUGAUUUCACGCCUGACCGACCAGUCUAACCCGCGCGGAGAACCGAAACGAGCGCGCGCCAGACGUAGACGGUUCGUUCUGAGCAGAAAUGGCGCUCAGCAGGACUGAUGAGGAUUACAUGGCGGGACUGGACCGACAACAGAUCCAACAGCUGGAGAACAACUUCAUGAAGUUCACCAAGAACCCGGACGAGCUGCAGCUCAUCCUGAUCGCGGGAGAGUGUGGAACGACGGUGGAGGAGGCCAAGAAAUGGUUCAAGGGGCGGAAUGCGGCCUGGAGGGAGUCGGAGGGUCUUCCAGCACAGACGGGAUCCGUGUUGGAUUGAAACCUUUUCCCCCUUCGCUUUGCAGACCGUGUUCCCUCGACAGUGUCCUCCCUCCUUUUCAUGGAUGAAGAUCUCACCUUUUGUUGCAGAAUGUAAAAAAAAGCUUUUUGUGUUGAUGCAAAUAUAUAACUGCUGUGCUCAGAGAAAUAAACACGUUGUUAGAUUA